GUGAAGUUGAAAGAGAGAGAGAGAGAGAGAGAGAGAGAGAGAGAGUGUUGCUUGUGAAGAAACGAGAGCUUCCGCGUGAAGAAGCGGUGGGGGGCAGAGAGGGAUAAAAAGAGAAGCACCGCAACUGUGACUGACUGGAAUAAUAAAUUAAAUAAAGAAAACCAAAUCUCUCUCUCUCUCUGCCAAAACUGUGCAGAAAAGAGAUAUGGCAGAGGAAGAAAGAAUGCCAAACUUCAUUAGAAUAAGAUGCUUCUGAUAUCUUUUUCUUCCGCUGUAUCUUCUUCGUGCCCAUUGCUUAUCUUUAUGCUGAGGUAGCAACCAAGUACGGAUGUAAUAGAGAUUUCUCCUUGAAGAAUCUCCAUUUGACAUGGGAACUCUGGGAGCUGACACUGAGAAUGUAGGAUCAGAUAUUUACGUUUCUUUGGGACUUAAAGAAUUAGGCAAAGGAGUUGCAAAAAGUCCCCGUGUUUUGUCUCUAAUCUCUUCGCUUUUUGAGAGAUCUGUUCAACGAAAUGAGAUGCUAUUGGAGGCAAGACAGAUUAAAGAUGCAAUUACAAUAUUUCAUGGUUUAAGAGCACCCACUUUAGGCAUUCGGCAAUACAUUGAUCGCAUCUUUAAGUACUCUGGUUGCAGCCCUUCCUGUUUCAUUGUUGCAAACAUUUAUGUGGACAGGUUUCUUCAGCGCAGAGAAGUUCAUUUAACUUCUCUAAAUGUUCAUCGGCUUCUAAUAACAACAAUAAUGCUAGCUGCAAAGUUUAAUGAUGAUGCAUUCUUCAACAAUGCGUACUAUGCCAAAGUCGGAGGAGUAAGCACGGCAGAGCUGAACAGAUUGGAGAUGAAGUUUUUGUUUGCUAUUGAUUUUAGACUCCAGGUAAACGUGGAGACAUUUGGGAGAUACUGUUCACAGUUGGAAAAAGAAGCUACAGAGGGACUCCAGAUUGAACGACCAAUCCAAGCUUGUGGAGUUAAAGAGAGUUGGUCAAACAAAGAUGAUUCCACUUGUGCUCCCACCAUUGCCAGAUGAAUCUUGUGGGAAAAUAUAUUGUCCACAGAGUUUCACAGAUACAAUUUAGUUAGAAAAAUUGAUUGUUUGAAACAUCAUAUGCCACGUAGGCACUUAAAUGCAAAGUCAUGGUAGGAAUUGAAUAGCA